AUGUCGUUACAAGAAAGCAACAACAAUAUCCCUCAAGGUGCUUUUAGUUUUCCUAAGGAAGAAGAAGCAGUUAUCAAACAUUGGGAUGAUGUCAAUGCUUUUCAAAGAACUUUAGAGUUGACUGAAGAUUUACCGCCAUUUGCGUUUUUUGACGGACCACCAUUUGCCACUGGUACUCCUCAUUACGGGCACAUUUUGGCCUCUACAGUCAAAGAUAUUAUCCCACGUUAUGCCACCAUGAACGGGUAUCAUGUGGAGAGAAGAUUCGGUUGGGAUACCCACGGUUUGCCAGUAGAACAUGAAAUUGACAAAAAGUUGAACAUUACCUCGAAAGAAGAUGUUUAUGCCAUGGGUAUUGACAAGUACAAUGCUGAAUGUCGUGCAAUUGUGAUGAGAUACGCUGAUGAAUGGCGUAGAACAAUCAAGAGAUUGGGGAGAUGGAUUGAUAUGGACAACGAUUACAAAACCUUGUACCCUGAAUUUAUGGAAUCUGUGUGGUGGGCUUUCAAGGAGUUGUUUAACAAGGAUGCCGUUUAUAGAGGUUUGAGGGUCAUGCCUUAUUCCACUGCUUGUACCACACCAUUGUCGAACUUUGAAGCCCAACAAAACUAUAAAGAAGUUAACGACCCAGCACUUACUAUUUCGUUCCCAUUGCUUGAUAACGAAGACACUUGUUUGGUUGCUUGGACUACCACGCCAUGGACCUUACCUGCAAAUCUUGCGUUAGCAGUUAAUCCAAAGUUUGAGUAUGUAAAGAUUUUUGAUGAGGAAAAAAAGAAAAACUUUAUUCUUUUGGAAAGUUUGAUCAGUACUUUGUACAAGAAACCUAAAUCGGCCAAGUUCAAGGUUGUUGAGAAAAUUUUGGGUAAAGAUUUAGUUGGACUCAAAUACAAGCCAUUGUUCAAUUACUUUUACGAAGAUUUCAAGGAUACUGGGUUCAGAGUUAUUCCAGCCGACUAUGUUACCAACGAUUCUGGUACUGGUAUUGUCCAUCAAGCCCCAUCCUAUGGUGAAGAGGAUUUCAACAGUACCAAAGCCGCAGGAGUCAUCAACGAAAAGAAGUUGCCACCAAGCAUUGUUGAUGAUUCAGGGAGAAUGGAAUCCAAUGUUCCUGAAAUUGCCGGAAUGUACUUUAAGGAUGCCGACAAGGUUAUUAUCAAGAAAUUGCUGGAAGAAGGUAGACUCUUGGUCAACACCCAAGUAAAGCACUCGUACCCAUUCUGUUGGAGAUCAGAUACUCCAUUGAUGUACAGAACCGUCCCUGCAUGGUUUGUUAGAAUUGGCGAAGUCAUUCCUGAAAUGUUGGAUAAUGUUGAAAAGACAAACUGGGUUCCUUCCAACAUUAAAGAUAAGAGAUUUUCCAACUGGAUUGCCAAUGCCAGAGACUGGAACAUUUCCAGAAAUAGAUACUGGGGUACACCAAUUCCAUUAUGGGUUUCUGACGAUUUUGAAGAAAUGGUGUGUGUUGGUUCUAUCCAAGAAUUAAGGGAGUUGUCUGGUCGUGAUGAUAUUACUGAUAUUCACCGUGAGAGCAUCGAUUCUAUUACCAUCCCAUCCAAAAAGGGUAAGGGCCAAUUGAAGAGAAUUGAAGAAGUUUUUGAUUGUUGGUUUGAAUCUGGUUCUAUGCCAUAUGCAUCCAAACAUUAUCCAUUUGAAAAUGAAAAGAAGUUUUUGGAUGCCUUUCCGGCAAAUUUCAUUUCCGAAGGUUUAGAUCAAACUAGAGGUUGGUUCUACACAUUGACUGUAUUGGGUACCCAUUUGUUCAAAACCGCACCAUAUCAGAAUGUUAUUGUCACUGGUAUUGUGUUGGCUGCUGAUGGUAAAAAGAUGUCGAAACGUUUGAAGAACUACCCAGACCCAACCUUGGUGUUGGAGAAAUAUGGUGCCGAUGCGUUGAGAUUGUACUUGAUCAAUUCCCCAGUGUUGAGAGCCGAAACAUUAAAGUUUAAGGAAGAAGGGGUCAAGGAAAUUGUUUCCAGUGUGUUGUUGCCAUGGUACAACUCCUACAAGUUUUUAAAGGAUGCUGCUGACCUUUUCAAGAAGGAUAAUGGCAAAGACUUUGUUUACGACAACAGUUUACAUUCAACCAACGUUAUGGACAGAUGGUUAUUAGCAUCAAUCCAAUCUUUGAUCAAGUUUAUUCACGAAGAAAUGACUGGGUACAGAUUAUAUACUGUUGUUCCUAGAUUGUUGCAUUUCAUUGACGAUUUGACCAACUGGUACAUUAGAUUCAACCGUCGUAGAAUCAAGGGAUAUGCUUCCGAAGAUGUUGAAGACACCCAAAAGGGUCUCAAUACAUUGGUCGAAGCGUUGUUGACAUUGUCUAGAGCAAUGGCUCCUUUCACUCCAUACUUGGCUGAUGGAAUUUACCAAAGAAUCAAGGUAUACUUUAAGCAAGAAGAUUUGGAAAAGAUUGCUAUUAACCCUAAGAAUGUUGACUUGAGAUCAGUGCAUUUCUUGAGCUACCCAUCAGUGAGACAAGAGUUGUUUGAUGAAAAGAUUGAGGUUGCUGUUGCAAGAAUGCAAAAGGUUAUUGACAUGGCCAGAAACAUUAGAGAAAAGAAGAUGAUUUCAUUAAAGACUCCAUUGAAUGAGUUGGUGGUUUUGAGUGCAGAUGCUGAUUUGUUGAAGGACAUUGAUUCUUUGAAAGGAUACAUUAGUGAUGAGUUGAAUGUGAGAAAUGUUGUCAUCACAUCAGACGAAGCCAAGUACUGUGUUGAGUACUCGUGUGUUGCUGAUUGGCCAGUGUUGGGUAAAAAGUUAAAGUCAGACGCCAAAAAAGUCAAGGCAGCAUUGCCUAAAGUUUCCUCUGAAGAAGUUCAAAGAUUUGCUGAGUGUGGUAAAAUCACUGUUGAUGGUAUUGACUUGGUGACUGAAGAUUUGCAAGUGCAAAGAGGCUUGCCAGCUUCUAAAGCCGAAGAGGGCCAAGAGUUUAGAUCUCACCAAGAUGUUUUGAUUAUUUUGGAUGUCAAUUUGCACCCUGAAUUGGAAAGUGAAGGUUUGGCAAGAGAGUUGAUUAACCGUAUCCAAAGAUUGCGUAAAAAGGCUGGUUUGAAUACCACUGACGAUGUUCAAGUUCAAUACCGUGUCGUCAAAGAUACUAUUGAUUUGCCAAAGAUUAUUAAAGACAAUGAAGAGUUGUUGUUGAAAUCAACCAAAUAUCCAAUUGAGGAAUUGAAGGAAGCACAAGAUCUGGCUAAUGUCAUUACCGAUGAAGAGCAAACAAUUAACGAUACAGUGUUUAAUUUGCGUUUAUUAAAAAUUUAG